GAGCCCCUCCCACCAUUACCCUUCACUGGUAGUAUGUCAGCUGGGGCCCUCCAAGUGCCUGAUUGGGUCUGCAACUCUUAUCUUUAUCCUUCCCAUCCUGUCUCCCCUGUUUACCUGAUACGCUCACCAUGGUCAGAUGUCUCAAUGCAUGGAUCUUUCAGCACAGACUGGCCACUCAGCUCUCCCAGUCCAAUGGAUGCACCAUCGGUUAAAAUACGCAGAAUGGAUCCUUUCUCUACAAAGGAACAUAUUGAAAUCAUAGCUCCUUCGCCACAAAGAAGCAGGUCUUUUUCAGUAGGGAUUUCCUGUGGUCAGACAGGUUCAUCUGAGAGCAACUUCUCUCCACUGGAAUUUUCAGGACUAGGCCUUGGAGACACCAGUGCGUCAGUGGGUGCAGUGUACAACCUCCAGGACAGCUGCCUCACAGACUGUGAUGUUGAAGAUGGCACGAUGGAAGGCAGUGAAGAGGGGCACUCCUUUGAACUUUGUCCCUCCGAAGCUUCUCCUUAUGUGAAGUCCAGGGAGAGAACCUCCUCUUCCAUAGUAUUUGAAGAUUCAGGCUGUGAUAAUGCAUCCAGUAAAGAAGAGCCCAAAGCUAACCAAUUGCACAUUGGCAACCAUUAUGCUAAUAAACUAACUGCUGCCAAGCAUUCCAGUAGCAAAUCUUCGGAACCUAGUUUGUCUAUUUCUCUUUCAAGACCAACCACUUUAAGUCUAGAUCUCACUAAAAACACUGCAGAAAAGCUGCAGCCCAGUUCCCCAAAGGUGUAUCUUUACAUUCAGAUGCAGCUGUGCAGAAAAGAGAACCUAAAGGACUGGAUGAACAGCCGGUGCAGCAUGGAGGAAAGAGGGUGGGACACGUGCCUGCACAUCUUCCUGCAGAUCGCAGAGGCGGUGGAGUUCCUGCACAGUAAGGGGCUCAUGCACAGAGACCUCAAGCCUUCCAACAUAUUCUUUACAAUGGACGAUGUGGUCAAGGUUGGAGACUUUGGAUUAGUGACAGCAAUGGACCAGGACGAGGACGAGCCGAUGGUUCUGACCCCAAUGCCAGCAUAUGCCCGGCACACGGGACAAGUGGGGACCAAACUGUAUAUGAGCCCAGAACAGAUUCAUGGAAACAACUACUCUCAUAAAGUGGACAUCUUUUCUUUAGGCCUCAUUCUGUUUGAGUUGUUGUACCCCUUCGGCACUCAGAUGGAGAGAGUCAGGGUCUUAACUGAUGUAAGAAAUCUCAGAUUUCCACCACUGUUUACUCAGAAAUAUCCUCGUGAGUAUAUGAUGGUUCAAGAGAUGCUCUCUCCAUCCCCCAUGGAGCGGCCUGAAGCUGCACACGUCAUUGAAAACACUGUAUUUGAGGACUUGGAGCUUCCAGGAAAAACUGUGCUCAGGCAGAGGUCCCGCUCCGUGAGUUCAUCAGGAACAAAACCAUCAAGACACUCCAGCGACUCCCGUAGCCCUUUGCCAAGCAGUUCGCCUUAGGUUGUGCCUGUGCCCUAACAGAUGACACAGAAUACUCUCUGCUUAGGAAUGUGACUUUCCAAAAUUGUAGACUUGAGAACUUUGUUCUUUGCUCAGUUUUAUUUUGGACUACUUUUUCUAAGUCAAAUUUAAACUGAAUUUUGGGGCACAACCUAAUUUGAGCCAACUCUUGAUUUUUGCUGUCCUCGAGGAGAGAACCAUCACUAAAUCACAUGUGGUCCUUUUUCUUGGGUCUCUUGAAAUUGGCUGGCCACGCUCUAUAGCCCUCACCUGUUGCCUGGCGAGGUCAAGCAAUCCCUAAAAUUAAUAGAGAGAUAUUUUUAUAGCACAGAAUCAUGAAAAUCCCUACAUACGGUAGCUAUAUUGUUCUAGAAAUACGCUUUCUAGAGAUACUGCUGAUUUUUAAACUAAUUUCCAAAAAGCUGACUCCGUUUUUGUCUCAGUGGGUAAAUCAGAAAUCUGCACUAUUUGGGAGGACAAGUAGCACAAACUGCACAAUGGUUUACGUCCAUAGCUAGCUCUGUAGUGGCCUCGGUAGCAUCAUAGCUGUUUCUCAGAUGGUCCAGGGAGGGUGUAAGAACUUGUGCUUUACCUCCAAAAAAGGGAAUGAAGCUUUUAUGUAAAUUGGUCAAAAGUUCUGGUUUGGGGAUGAAAAAGGCCGUAGUAAGAAAUGAAUCACAUUUUACAGUUAACUUCUUUACUUAUGGACUUUAAACCGAAUAAAAUCUUAAGUGUCUUAUAUGUAAUUCUAUAGGCAGGUUGUUUUCCAAAACUGAUUAUAGAUAACAGUUUAAUCAUCUAACUUGUUUUUAUUUUCACUGUAAAUAUGUUUAUUUUUUAUUUAUAAAAAUUCUGAACUCAAUCCGUUUGGGUUGGUGGUAUAUAGAACACACUUAAGUGUGUUAACUAUUGUGACUUCUUUCAAGUCUAAAUGAUUUAAUAAAACUUUUAUUAAUUACUUA